GUAUGCGUGCGUUUUUGUGUGCGUGUGCAUGUUCCUGUACUGCACGACUUGUGCCAAAUUUUCCUCAUAUUCAUUAAUACUCAUAUUCUGGGACAAAAUGAAAAUCAAGGACAAACGGUCUGUACAAAAAUGCGAAGGACAAGAGGAUGUUUAAUUAGCUACAAAAUAAAUUAAGGUAAGCCUAUGAAAAGUAAAUUGAGUUUUGCCAAAGAAAUGGUCCAAAAUAUAUUGGAGGAAAUAAAAGGGAGCAAAAACGAUGGCAAAGAUGAUUUUUUUAUGCCGCCAAGAAAAAGUUUGUUUUUUAACACAUUUUUCCCCUGCAUUCUCUGUAGACAUUUCCUCCAUUGACAUUUUAGGAGCAAUAUUUCAAAUGAAUUGCAUUUUAAAUACUUCUGACUGUACAGUAAUAUAACCUAAGAAAAUUGAUGUAAUGUUCCAUUUCUGGUGGUAGAAAUAGAAAAUUAAAUUAGACAAAGAGGUCCUUUGACGACGGGCCAUCUUAAUAACACACCUUGUGUUAUUUAACGCAUGUUGAAUUGUGCUCAUAGGUUCACAUCUGUCAAGCGCACGCUGCAUCAAUGCCAUUGCCAAUCAGAGCCCGUUCCGUUGGGGUCACGUGCCAAAAGGUCCAUCUGAUAGGCUAUCGGCGAGAUGAAAGUCAAACCUGUAGCACUUCAUGGAGCGGAGAGGCAGGAGCGCGCGUCAGAUGUGAGCUCUACUGCACGUCUGCGCACCGGUGGAUGAAUAUCUGCGGAGCCACAGGUUCUUCUGGAGGAGGAAACACUACCGUUCCAGGCAGCACUGGGGAUCAGCGGGGACACUGGGUGUAUGGCACCUCAGUCGUGCGUCAUGAAUCCUGCGCAGGGAUCACCGCCUUCCGCGAUGACUUCGCCUGCUGAGCACCGAACCACUGAGCAGCUGGAACUAUCGCCGGUCAGAACAUGUAAACCCAGAAGUUUAGACCUGCCCUUCGGUGUGGAAUCUCUUAUAUCAAAAAGGACUCCCAGUGCCAGCCUACAGUCCCCGGAGCCUGGUUCAGACUGUGGCCGCGCCGAGGACAAGGACUGUGGAUCACCGAGUGGACUUUACCGCUCCACGGCAGAGGCGCUGGGUCCAGGGGACAAAGAGAGCAGCUCUUGGUUCCAGGCUUCAUAUGGAUCCCCUCCGAGACUCCCCAGCCCGACCUCUUGCAAUCUUCGGAAACACAAGAACAACAGAAAACCCCGGACUCCCUUCACGACCUCUCAGCUCAUGUCACUGGAGAGAAAGUUCCGUCAGAAACAGUACCUCUCCAUCGCGGAGAGGGCAGAGUUCUCCAGCUCCCUCAGCCUCACAGAGACUCAAGUCAAGAUCUGGUUCCAAAACCGCAGGGCCAAGGCCAAGAGACUGCAGGAGGCCGAGCUGGAGAAAUUCAAACUGGCUGCGAAGCCUCUGUUGCCGGCCUUUGCUUUUCCUUUCCCACUAAACGCAUCAUCACCUCUGGGAGCAUCGCCGUCCCUGUACGCGGCCCUGAACGCACCGCGGCCGGCCUUGGCUGUGCCGGGACUCUUCACUGGACCAUAUGGGAUGUACUACUUAACUUAACCGCUGGCCACUGCGACUUUGUAAGAGAUUUUUUUUUUUAAACACAAAAACAUCCGGACAGAAAAUAACACCCAUUACAAAAACUGCUCUCAUGUGAGUGUUUUUAUUAGAGAGAAAAAUGUAUUCUUCUCAGACUACAUUUUCCACUCUACUUUUAUUUCAAGUACUUCCGCUUUUCGGUACUAUUACUUUUAGUAAUUUCUGCAUUUUUGUUUCUGUUUUACUGAUUAAUUUAUAUACCUUUUCAUCAUUUUUUGUGUCCGUAGAAAUGGUACAAUACUACAGAUGUCACUCAUGUGAAUUGAAGAGGCCUUUUAAAAAUCGCACCUCCAAAUAUCAGUUUUAAAUGUUAAAUGUAAAAGUUUAUUCCCCGGAUGGAUUUUUAAAAAAAUGCGUUUCUGGAUACAAUCUGAAGGUAGCAGGAAAAGUUACCAAACAUGUCUGACAUGUGGAUUUGUGCCUAGAUUGUGACUGAGGUUGAUGAAAAAUGUGUCUAUUUCAACACGAAUGUUGUGCAACCUUAAGGUAGACUUGUAUUUAGAUCAGUAAAAUCAAAUGUAAUUAAAAUGACGAGAAGUAAAUCUACA